AUGAAAGAAGAAAACAAUAAGUAUUCAUGUUUUGAAUGGAUUCAAUUAUUUGUAUCAAUUUCUAUUCCUGUCGCUAUUGGUGUUUAUACUGUAUUACAAAAUAACCGUGAUUUUGCAAUAGCAAAUCAUAAUCGUAAACAAGACCUUGAUAUAGCUGAUGAUCAACAACAAGAUUUAAUUCUUCAUGAAUGUCAAAAGACAUUAAGUAAAUUAAUUGAAAAAUAUGGUACAGAACUUAAUGAAAGUUCAUCCGCUGCACUUGUUGCUCGUUUUGCAGCACUUUCAGCAUUAAAUCGUCUUGAUUCUGAUCGACGAAAUUUUCUCAUUCGUUUAUUAUAUGAAGCUAAAUUAAUCACUUAUCAAUCGGAUGAUUAUCGAUCACCAGUUUUACUCCAAUCGGCUAAUUUAACUGAUUUAAAUUUAAUUGGUGAAUUUGAACGAAGAGUAUUAUUUCAUCUUUCAUUAGAAGAUACUAUUAUGACAAGAGCUGAUUUUCAUGAAAUUAAUAUCUGUGGUGCAAGAUUUAAUGGUGCUAUACUUAUUAAUGCUGAUUUUUCUUCGACUCAGAAUACUCCACCAAUGGAUGAUGAGAUUAGUAUUCUUAAAUAUAGUUCUUCACAAUUGUUUUUCAAUAAAGCAAACUUAACAUCUGCUUCAUUUUUUUCUGCUACAUAUGAUAAUGUUGAUUUUACUCAUGUGAUAAUGAAUAAUGCUGAUUUAAACAGAUUUUUCUGUUCUAAUUGUUUAUUUGAUUCUACAUCUAUGAUUAAAGUAAAUCUAAAAAAUGCAGAUAUUAAAUAUUCUUCAUUUAUGUUUGCAAAGCUUGAUUAUGCUAAUCUAUAUCGAUCAAAUUUUGGUUUAGAUGUUGAUUUUUAUCGGACGGAUGUGAAUCAUGUUAAUGGUGCUUAUACUAAUUUUAUACAAUGUGCAUUAAAUAAAACUAAGUUAAUGAAUUCAACAUUUGAUCAUGCUGUAUUUAUUAAUAGUACCUUUUCAAACGCAUAUAUGCAUAAGAUAUCAAUGAAAUAUAGUAAAAUAAUUAAUGGAAAUUUUACGGGUGCAGAUUUAAGUGAUAGUAAUUGGCAAUAUGCUCAUUGUCAACGAUGUAUAUUUAAUGAAGCAAAUUUUACGAAUGCUGAUUUGUUUGGUGCAACAUUUAUUGAGUGUGAUUUUCAAAGUUCUACGAUUGUGAAAAAACAAUUAACACAAACUGCUUCUUUAAAAUGGUCAAUACUCCCUAUGUGA